AUGUCUGUGAAUACUAUAGUGGUAGCAUUUAUUCUCCCAUUUAUUCUAAGGUUAAUUUCACCUUUAUGCACACACCGUUUAGAGCUAGAAUUGCUAGGCGACGAAGAAGCAUUAUACAAAUUUUACGACGAAAAAAGAAAGAUACCGAACUGCGCAAUUCUAUAUCGAAUGACCUUAGAGUACUCGCGUUCCCGUGAUAUUGAGCGAUGGCAUUGUACUCAAAAAGAUUGUGUUUUAAGUCAUCCGAAAAAAACGAUGAUUUCCCGUUUAUUUAAAAUUACCUGGAAAAUACUCCCGCAAAAUUUUAAAAGUAUUUUCGAAGAGCUAUACAAAAAAAUUGGCGUACAACGGACCAUACCAAGAAAUGAAGUCGUAUUUGUCUUUGAUAAGAAUAUGGAAAAACAUUAUAAAAAAAUUAAUAAUAAUAUCGACAUAGAUAACACCUCCAUUAUCAGCAGAGGUUACUCAACAGAUAAUUACAACAACAUGACCGGCAUAUUUUUUUCGGAAAACAUGAAAUCAUUAAUAAAAAGGGACGAUGAAAAUACGAGUUUCGAAUAUUUUAUUGUGAAUGACUCUAUUACAGGCUUGAGCUCUUCAACAAAUUAUUAUAAUGCGAAUUCUGGUAUCAAUUUUGCAAAUACUUCUAGCAUCUUUUUGGAAAACACGAUGCCGCAUACAUUUUUUAACUCGGAAAAAUUAUAUAAGUUUAUGGAAGAUAAUGCGGAUAAUAAUAUAAUUGAUAGCAAUCAAUUGCCCUAUAAGGAUAACUCUUUUAUGGGCAACACGAUGAAUGACUACGGUAUAUUAUUAAACAAAAAUAGACGCCAAGAGAUAUUUGGCACUGAUUCGACAAAUAAUGCUAAAGUCUCGUCGGAAAACUCGGGAUCGCUUAUAAAGAAAGAUAUCGCAUCGCUCAACGCGGAAAUAGAUAUGGAAAGUAAGACGAUUGAUAAUUACAUGGAAAAGAAUACGAAUAGAUUCAUUGAAGGAGAUUAUGAUGUAAUGAGUGACGCGACGUUCGAUAAUAAUUGUUUGUUCUAUUUUGAUUUUGAAGAGUAUUUUUAA